UAAGACGUACGACGUCUGCCGGAAAUGUACAGGAGUACUUUCUAGAAUGUAGCAGCAACCUCAUGCUAGCUCAUUCCUUGUAUAUUUUUUAUAUUAGGAUUUCUCUUGUUAAAUCUACUGAAGCGUUGAAGGCAAUCCCAAUAUAAUAUUGUCAGAUUUAUGAUUCUCACUUAAAUUCGCCUUAAAUAGCCUUCGUUAGGCCCCACUAUUUUAGCGGAAUCGUAGCUUAAAGCUAACGCGGCUCUGCGUCGAGGAGACUAAUUAACUGGUAGGCAUCAUGUCGAGGAUAGACUACAGCGUGUGGGACCAUAUUGAGGUGUCAGACGAUGAAGAUGACACCCACCCGAACAUCGACACACCAAGCCUCUUCAGGUGGAGACACCAGGCCCGCGUGGAACGGAUGGAAGAAUUCGAGAAGAAAACGCAAGACCUGAACAAGGGACUCACAGAAUGCCGCCGCAAGUUGUCAGAAAUGCAGAAGAAAAUCCAGGACAUGAGCCUCUCCACAUCAGAGGACAACAAAUCUGACCUGAGCAAAGCGAAGACGGAGGAGAAGAAACUGAAGAAGGAGGAGCGCGACUGGGAGAGGAAGCUGGAGGACCACUGCCGGGAGGAGAAGAAGAUGCCGUGGAACGUGGACACGCUCAGCAAAGAAGGCUUCAGCAAGAGCAUCGUCAACGUCAAACCCGAAGCUGUGGAGGAGUCCGAAGAAGAGAAGGAGAAGAAGCACAAAACCUUUGUGGAAAAAUAUGAGAAGGAGAUCAAGCAUUUUGGCAUGCUGCGGCGCUGGGAUGACAGCCAGAAGUACUUGUCUGACAACCCUCAUCUAGUGUGUGAAGAGACUGCCAACUACCUGGUCAUCAUGUGCAUCGACCUGGAAGUGGAGGAGAAACAUGCCUUGAUGGAGCAAGUGGCUCACCAGACCAUCGUUAUGCAGUUCAUCCUGGAGUUGGCCAAAAGCCUCAAGGUGGACCCACGGGGAUGCUUCCGUCAGUUCUUUGCCAAGAUCAAGACAUCCGAUCAGCAGUAUCAGGAUGCCUUCAACGACGAGAUGGAGUCGUUCAAGGACCGGGUGCGUGCCCGGGCGAAGAUCCGAAUAGAAAAGGCCAUGAAGGAAUAUGAGGAGGAGGAGCGACAGAAACGCCUUGGACCUGGAGGACUCGAUCCUGUUGAAGUGUUUGAGUCUCUACCACAGGAGAUGCAGAAAUGCUUUGAUGAGAAAGACAUCCAAAUGCUGCAAGAUGUCAUCAGCAAGAUGGAUCCAACGGAGGCAAAGACGCACAUGAAGCGCUGCAUCGACUCGGGGCUUUGGGUCCCCAACUCCAAGCCGGAUGACGGGGAAGAGAAAGAGGAAGACUCCACUUAUGAGGAGGUCAAAGAGGAACUGGAAGAAGCCAAGAAUGAAUGACCAUCGGGGAGACCCUUUGUCUGUUUGCGAACCCCCCGCAGCUCCUAUAAGUGUACGAAUAGUUUGCCAUGUAAGAAAAACAAUGACAUAGACGCAUAUAUCCGUCUGACAAGUAAAGGAUUGGCUGUCACCUAACUCUUACUGAUGCUUCCAGCUCGGGAAUGAACUGCAGCUUGUCUUAUUUAGGCCUGUUUGAAAUAAUUGCGAUGUACACUCAUGUCGAGAGUACUAAUACUCUCAUUUCCCCCUCUGAAUAUGUUGGCUUUUUUUUCUUUUUUUUUAGAUGUAGGCCUGCAGCAGUCAAUGUAAUCAGGUUGGAAGUUGCCACCUAUUUUCUAUAAACUAUAAACUCAACUUGAGGCCGA